AUGUUGAAUGAAUAGAUUGUGUAUCCUGAACCUAAGAUAGCAAUUGAAUUUGAUAAUAAAUUAGUCUGUCAUAUUUGUGAUGAUGAAUUAGAACUUCAAAAUCAUUGGUAAGACUUGUUCCUAAAAUUAGUGAUUUUUGUGGAAAAUCCACUUGUUCUAAUUGUAUAGUAAAGAGAAGAAAAUUAAAAGAGGAAGUUCUUCAUCCUGUAUGUGAAUAUUGUGAACGUAUAUUUGUUGAACGUAUUCUAAUUCUAAGUGCUAAAAAAUAAAAGGAAGAGUUAGCCAUAUCUUUGGAAUCUGCGAAUGUUGAAUUAAUAAAUAGAAGACAAUAACUAUAUUAAUAUAAGAAUUUACUUCAUUAAAAUUAAGGAACAAAUGCUUCUGAAUAAAAGAUUUAAAAGCUUGAUGAGGAUAUCAUUGAAGCUACAUUUAAAAAAAAUUAAUUAUUAUUACAACUACAAGAAAUUGAAACAUAAAAAAUUGAACUUAAAUAAUCAAAUAUCCAAAAAACUUAGAGUGUUGAUAUUAAAUAAAUUAAAUUAUAGGAGACUACCAAUAAAGCAUAAAAAUCAAAAGAUGAGUUAGAAGAUAUUUAAAGAUAAAUUGAUGAAUUCUUAGCUAAUUUACCUAUGCUUGAUGCUGAAUAAAAAUCAGCUCUUACUUAAUUGGAUUUCUCCAAUUAUGAAUAAAUCUUUAGAGGUAGUAAUUUACCUGAAUUAAUGAAUUAAUAAGCAAUUAAAUAAAGCCAAAUUAUGUAAUAACCUAAUAUUAAAAAGAAAUAAGAAUAGAAGGAGGAAUGCUAUAUAUUUUGA